AGGGCUCAGGGUGGGCGCGGACGCAGGCACUGGGCUCGUGCGGGGCCCCGGGCGUCGCGAUGAACAUCGUGGUGGAGUUCUUCGUGGUCACUUUCAAAGUGCUCUGGGCGUUCGUGCUAGCCGCGGCGCGCUGGCUGGUGCGGCCCAAGGAGAAGAGCGUGGCGGGCCAGGUGUGCCUCAUCACCGGCGCCGGCAGCGGCCUGGGCCGCCUCUUCGCGCUGGAGUUCGCCCGGCGCCGGGCGCUGCUGGUGCUGUGGGACAUCAACACGCAAAGCAACGAGGAGACGGCUGGCAUGGUGCGCCACAUCUACCGCGACCUGGAGGCGGCCGACGCCGCCGCGCUGCAAGCUGGGAAUGGUGAGGAAGAAAUUCUGCCCCACUGUAACUUGCAGGUUUUUACCUACACCUGUGAUGUGGGGAAGAGGGAGAACGUCUACCUGACAGCUGAAAGAGUCCGCAAGGAGGUUGGCGAAGUCUCAGUCCUGGUCAAUAAUGCUGGUGUUGUCUCUGGGCAUCACCUUCUGGAAUGUCCUGAUGAGCUCAUUGAGAGAACCAUGAUGGUCAAUUGCCAUGCACACUUCUGGACCACUAAGGCUUUUCUUCCUACGAUGCUGGAGAUUAAUCAUGGUCAUAUUGUGACAGUUGCAAGUUCCUUGGGAUUGUUCAGUACUGCCGGAGUUGAGGAUUACUGUGCCAGUAAAUUUGGAGUUGUGGGUUUUCAUGAAUCCCUGAGCCAUGAACUAAAGGCUGCUGAAAAGGAUGGAAUUAAAACAACCUUGGUUUGCCCUUAUCUUGUAGACACUGGCAUGUUCAGAGGCUGCCGAAUCAGGAAAGAAAUUGAGCCUUUUCUGCCACCUCUGAAGCCUGAUUACUGUGUGAAGCAGGCCAUGAAGGCCAUCCUCACUGACCAGCCCAUGAUCUGCACCCCCCGCCUCAUGUACAUCGUGACCUUCAUGAAGAGCAUCCUACCAUUUGAAGCAGUUGUGUGCAUGUAUCGGUUCCUAGGAGCGGACAAGUGUAUGUACCCCUUUAUUGCUCAAAGAAAGCAAGCCACAAACAAUAAUGAAGCAAAAAAUGGAAUCUAAGAAUCUUUUUGUAUGGAAUAUUACUUCUAUCAGAAGAUGAUCAAGAUGUUUCAGUCCAGUGCACAUCAGCAUUGCUGACAUUUUAUGGAUUCUAAACUUGUGUUGUUUCUUUUUUAAAUCAACUUUUUAAAAAAAUAAAGUGUAAAUUAACCGACUAGAGUACUUGGAAAAUGUGAUCAGUACAAGUGAACUUAGGUUGUUGCCAACAGGGUCCUUUUAGGCAAAACCCAAAAACCAGUCAAAUCUGUAGAGAAGCAGUGUGACAUCUUCAGGAUACCAUUAUUUUUUUUAAUGAGCAGGAAGUCUAGAAAUGAUAACUAGACUGUUUGUUUCAUGUGUGUGAUUUUUCAGAAUUCCCAUAGAGUUUACUCAUUCUUGUUAUUAAACUCUAGCCAGUUGACAUCUUUGCAAUUUCAAGGACUGAUAGUGCUGUAUUUUCUCAAGUUUUCUAAGUUUCCGUUUUGCAAGGCCUAGGUGGCUUUUUCAUGGUGUUUGUAUGUUUAGCUCUUUUGAAAAGGAAUUUUGAAAUCUCCAUCAAUUGAAGUAAAUGAUGUCUGAGUGUUACAGUAAAGGUGACCAAGUCUCUUUCUUAAAGUCACAAUGACUAAAGUAUUAGCUGAAUUUUUUUUUUUUUUUUUUGACGGAGUCUCGCUCUGUCACCAGGCUGGAGUGCAGUAGCACAAUCACGGCUCACUGCAAUCUCUGCCUCCCAGGUUCAAGUGAUUCUCCUGUCUCAGCCUCCCAAGUAGCUGGGACUACAGGCAUGCGCCACCACGCCCAGCUAAUUUGUGUAUUUUUAGUAGAGACGGGGUUUCACCAUGUUGGUCAGGAUGGUCUCCAUCUCUUGACAUUGUGAUCCACCUGCCUCAGCCUCCCAAAGUGCUGGGAUUACAGGCAUGAGCCACUGCGCCCAGCCUUGAAUUUUUAAUUUUAUCUCUGAUAUACUUCAUUAAGUGUCUGGAGACCUAAUUAUCCUAAAAGAUCAUGCAUUUUCUACCUAUGAAUUUUGCUGCAUACAGAAAGUGCCCUUUCCUCAGGAAGUUGCUGUGUUUCAUUUCUUUGGAUGGACUCUUAUCUAGAAUACAUAGCAGCUCUGCAAAGAAACAGUUUGUAAAAAUGGGAACUUCUACAUUGAAAAGUCCCCAUUUUUGUGCCAACUAUGAUUAGUGAGAGGGAGAAAUCUUAUUCUAUGGCAUAUGUAUGGAAGGGUGUAAAGAUUCUUUUGAAAGGUUUAUUCACAUUGUAGAACAGCAAAUGACAUUUUUACAGUAUUUUUUUGUAAAGCAAACUAUUUUGUGCCUUGAAUUUGGUAUAUGUGUAUUAGUGAAACAUUGUAAAAGUGAACUUCUACCUCUGUAUCUAAAUGUAUACCAUCCACUUGUAAAUUACUAUAAACUAUUAUGUGAUUGCUUUUUUUUUUAGAAUGUCUUGUUUAAAUAGUGGCCAAUGUUUAAGGCUGUUAAAAUAAGCCAACUUUUACUAAUUGGGGAGUUUUAUAAAUGACUGAUUAAAUUUAAAGAAUUAACUUA